AUGCAGUAUAUUCUGCAGGCAGGCCACGUGCUCUGCAUUAAAAGUGCCAAUAACAGGCACAUGCAUAUAGCUGUCGCAUGGAAGACACACUUUUUAAUUUCUGGGCAUACGAGAACAGGUACUUCUCCCCACCGGCGAAUGAACUUCGCGGGUGCUGCUGGUCCAAGGAUGAGGCGUUUAUGUUUUUCAGCCCUGCCUAAGUUCAAUGAUAUAUUCAUGAGCGAUUUUCGGGUGACGCCGGAUGCCCCUUUACCAGCUCAGCAGCAGCAACAGGUGGCGCAGAUUUCUUCGUCGUUGCUGCCGCCCCUCACAGCUGGACAUACAAUACAGUGCAAUGCAGUGCAAAUUGCUCCUCUCGAACCCGAGCCGUCUGCAACGGGAGCAGCAACUUUUGCUGCUGCCGCACUUGCCCCCUUAGCUCUUUUCUUCAUAUCUGCUCUACUGAUUAUCCCUGCCGCAUUCGUCUGCCUUCACCGAAGCAGCAGUGCCUCCACCAGUGUUUCUUCCGGAAGAUCGAGCAGCAGCAGCAGCGGCGGCCCCUCCCCGUUUGAUCUUGCUUUUUCUUUCGAUUUGCAUUGCAACGGGUCUUUUGUGUUUGCGAUGUACACGCAAGUGGUGCCUCUAUUGCUUCAGCCACUGCUACUCCUGUUGCCUGCCCCGGUAAGGAAGUGGCUGGCGGCAGCGCUUCACUGUUACGGCUUUUGGUGCUACACAUAUGUGUCUGCCAUGGGAUACCUCGCAGUGGGGAGACUGAAAUCCGCUGCUCCGCUGCUGCUGUCGGCGUUUGGAUGCAUUGCUGUAGUGAUCUGCUGCGCCGCUGCUGGAGUGGACCUUUCUUUUUGUCCUACCAGGCUGGUACUGCAAGCCAUGUUGAACACGGCUCCGGUAGAACCCGCUGUCGUUGCCGUUCCUGCCAUUACUACCGCUCAACCAGACCUGCCAUUGCAGUAA